UAUAAUUUUCCCAUCUACUUUCCUCUUCUUUUUCUUUGAUAUGAAACCUUACCAUCACACAAUCACUUUUUCCUACAGGAUGAUUGUAGUUCAUGUGUUCAACAAUGUCCACUUCUCUUAAUAAUACCAAAUUUAGUCUUUGUAGUACCUCUCCUCCUCUGUGUGUAGUGUUUUCCUUGGGCUGGCUGGCUUUCUAUCUUUCUGGUUGGCUGGCUGGCUAACUAACUGACUGGUUGGAUGCCUGGCUAACUGGCUGACCGGCUGGCUGGUUGGUUUUCCUGCUGACUAGCUGACUGGCUGGCUAUCUGGCUGACUAGUCCACUGUGGGAUAGCUGGCUGGUUGGCUGGUUGACUCCUCAAGGGUGGCUGUCCCAUCUCUCAAGUGGCCACAUUUUGCAGGCGUCCCCAACCCCUCCUGCCCUGAGUGAACACACCCCCAGACAAAACCUCUAAGGGGGCCAAGGGGAAGGGAGCAGCCCAGGCCCUUUCCAAUGCUGAGAGAGAUGCAGCCAGCAAGGAGGCAAGCGGCUCAUCUGUCAGUGUGCGCCUACCAUACCCACAGCCACACCAACGGAGGGCCAACGACACCCAAGUCUAGCCGCAGGAACAAAUGUAGUGUGGUGACAAGUAGUGAGGUCACCACUGAAUCUGACACACCUGCUGAGCCUGACCUGGUGUCUUUCUGUGCUACCCUGGGCAACAACCGAGCCCUGCGAGUCCCUGCCCUCUUCAAGCCAGACAGGGACUACCAGACUGUGGCUGACAUGGUGGGUGGCAGUCACUCCAUUACAGAGUCAACUACUAGUCACGAGGAAAGUUUGGACGAGGCCAGAAGUGCGUCAUCCCACCGCAGGUCACGGGGACAGGAACUGCAGGCCAGGCAGGGUCACCGUCCCUCCCACGGCGACCCGGAUUAUAGCUAUGCUCACCCUGUGAAGAAGCAGUACCUUCCCCCACCCCUCCACUGUCCUCCACUGACAGCAACAGGUGUAUGAGUUAGUGAUAGUGAGGUCACUGACAGACAGACUCGCCAAAUUGUUCAUUAGUAAAAGUUCCAUGGCCACUAAGUUUGUAAUCUGCUUCUGUGUUUGUAUCUUUCCAGCCUUUUUAUUCAUUGAUGUACACUUUUGCCUUUCACUGCUUCCUCCUGUAAUCCAUUCUAUAUCUUUAUAUAUUUACAUGGAAAGAUAUGUUUGCAUUAUUUGGACAUUCUCUCUCUCUCUCUCUCUCUCUCUCUCUCUCUCUCUCUCUCUCUCUCUCUCUCUCUCUCUCUCUCUCUCUCUCUCUCUCUCUCUCUCUCUCUCUAAUAUUGAGGUUCAUCUCUUGUCCAUAACAAAAGGGCAUUUCUGUCUGGUUCCUCAGGUUGGUUGACUAACCCUAAAGCUGCAGGGGUUUUCACACAUUUCUCCAUUCCAUAUGUCUCUACUCCUUUGUGGAAAGAUGUGUGUUAUUUAGGAAGCUCUCUUCUGUCCAAGUUUCUUUUCAUCUUUAUCAUCAUGUGUCAAGUCAUCCAGUUCUGGCACUAUCUUAGUGGCUGUUCUUUGUAUUCUUUCCAAUCUCUACAUGAAACAUCACCGAAUUAAUUAAGCUUAGCAGAAAUUAUGUGAUGUGCCCUACUGAUGCUGGUGUGAAGGCGAAGUGUUUGUAGUGAGCCGUGUGAUGCCUUCCCCAGUGCUGAAUAUGGAGAGAGCAGCCAGGCGACACCAUACACUGGAGUUUUCUGAGGAGGAGUGCGACCACCCCUCCAUCAAGCAAGGAGUGGAGCCUCUGGAGCAGCUGAUGGCUGACCUGGAGCUGGAGAAGAUUGUUCAGGAUGCCAGCAAGACAGCUCUUUGACACUUCCAGUAGUGGUAGAAGCCUCCCCUCUCCACCCUCACUCCUCUGCCAC